AUGGCUGGGACAUGGCUGCUGCUUCUCCUCGCCCUUGGGUGUCCAGCCCUGCCUACAGGUGUGGAUGGCACGCCCUUCCCUUCUCUGGCCCCACCAAUCACGCUGCUGGUGGAUGGGAAGCAGCAGACGCUGGUGGUCUGCCUGGUCCUCAAUGUCUCACCCCCUGGCCUUGACAGUCCCAUCUGGUUCUCAGCUGGCAAUGGCAGUGCACUGAACGCCUUCACCUAUGGCCCUUCCCCAGCAACGGAUGGCACCUGGACUAGCUUGGCCCAGCUCUCCCUGCCCUCAGAGGAGCUGGCAACCUGGGAGCCCUUGGUCUGCCACACUGGGCCUGGGGCUGGGGGCCACAGCUGGAGCACACAGCCCCUACAGUUGUCAGGAAAGGCUUCCACAGUCAGGACCUGCCUGCAGGAGCCUCUUAGCGGGACUCCGGGCCAGGCCCUGCGGCUGGGGGCGCUGCGGCUACUGCUCUUCAAGCUGCUGCUCUUCGACGUGCUCCUGACCUGCAGCCGCCUCCGCGCCCGCCAGCCCAGCGCGCGGACCCUCUCGGCCCCGCGGCCCAUCGCCGCGCCUUCCCGUAGCCGCCGCCCGCACGCGAGCCCUCGGCUCCCACCGACCGCAGGUGGCCGCGGCGACGGAGCGACGACAGGCCGCCGGCUGCACAGCCGCUGUCUGGGUCAGGAGCCCCGGAGCCCAGUCUGGGAGGAGGGGACGUUCUCUACCGACCGAGCUUGGGCCUGGUGCUCGUGA